GGAUGCUUUUUUAUUUGAGAGAGAGAAUUAGAAUGAGGCACAUCAAAAGUAUUUCAUCUCAAUGUUUGUAAUCUCCUAAUAAUUCCACAUCAAAAAUAUAUUCAAAUGAAGCCGGAAAUAAAAGCUUUCCAUAGCGCAAGUGCGCGCCGAAGUUCGAAAGGAAAGAGCUCUGCGACCGCAACUCAAAUUUUGGCGCCAGUAUUUUGAAAUCCAAAGGCUUCCGAGAGAAGGAAUGCAAUCCCUUGCCAUUAAAUUCCCGCUUUCUCUUCUAUCGAAACCCAGUUACUUACUCUUCUGAUCUUCCCUAUUCUAACCUACCACCCGUUCGACGAAAUCCGUCACCGAAAUCAUCAUCGAAAUUCAACAUGUACGUCGUCAAGAGGGACGGGAAACGGGAGACGGUCCACUUCGACAAGAUAACGGCUCGCUUGAAGAAGCUGAGCUACGGUUUGAACAGUGAUCACUGCGAUCCUGUGCUUGUGGCACAAAAGGUUUGCCUUGGCGUCUACAAAGGAGUAACCACUAGCCAACUAGAUGAGCUCGCGGCUGAGACCGCUGCUGCUAUGACGGCUAAUCACCCUGACUAUGCAUUGCUCGCGGCAAGGAUUGCAGUUUCAAAUCUGCACAAGAAUACUAAGAAGUUAUUCUCAGAGACUAUUAAGGAAAUGUACCAUCAUGUCAGUCAGAAAUCAGGCCAGAAGGCCCCUUUGAUUGCUGAUGACGUUUAUGUGAUAGUGAUGAAGAAUGCAGCUUGUUUGGACAGCGAAAUUAUAUAUGAUCGGGAUUUUGACUAUGAUUAUUUUGGUUUUAAAACGCUUGAGAGAUCCUACCUUUUGAAAGUUUCUGGGAAGGUUGUGGAAAGACCUCAGCACAUGUUGAUGAGGGUUUCUGUUGGGAUCCACAAAGAUGAUAUUGAGUCUGCAAUAAAAACAUAUAAUUUGAUGUCUCAGCGAUGGUUUACACAUGCCUCCCCUACCCUCUUCAAUGCAGGCACUCCUAAGCUUCAGUUAAGCAGUUGCUUCUUGGUCUGCAUGAAAGAUGAUAGCAUUGAUGGGAUUUAUGAUACUUUAAAGGAGUGUGCAGUUAUUAGCAAGUCUGCUGGAGGAAUUGGUGUGUCAGUUCACAAUAUUCGUGCCACUGGAAGUUACAUCCGUGGAACAAAUGGAACAUCAAAUGGUAUUGUUCCCAUGUUGCGAGUAUGUAAUGAUACUGCUCGUUAUGUUGAUCAAGGGGGUGGAAAAAGGAAAGGUGCAUUUGCCGUCUAUUUGGAGCCUUGGCAUGCUGAUGUUUUUGAGUUUCUUGACCUCAGGAAAAACCAUGGGAAG